CUUAGUUCACUCCCAAUGCCUUGUCAGUUUGACUGUGACUCACUUGGUGCCUGUGUUUGGAUUCUCCUCAGUGAGAAGCAGAUGAGGUGAUAAAGGGCAACUCUACAUCUAUUUCAAGCAUCCGGACCCUCUAACCAGGACCAACAGAGCUCAAGAGCACCGUCUUCUGGCAGAAAAGAAAACACUUAGGGACUCUAAGGGAUUACGCAGUACCAACUUCAUGUAAUCCCUCCCUUUAUUGAAGGAACUCAGACAUUUGGCUUUGUGUCUUUUUUCUUUGUACUUGGACACAUUCAUCACAACUCUGCCAAAAGCAUGUCAACAAAAAGGACUUUAUAGCCACUGACUGCCGGGAGAAUAGAAGAAAAGCGACAUAAGUCAUGGAGGCUUCAAGUUCUGCUUACACCGGGACUCCCCCCUCUACGCCCAUAUUCCCCACCUCCCCCAUUGCCUCUACUCCAGGCUACUUGCAGUUCUUCUGGGAGUACCAGGACAACUCAGUCCUCGUGCAGCAUUACAACUACACCGGCAAGCUGCAGAAAGACCGCUACCGCGAAGGACUCAAACCUGAGGGCAUUGCGUUCCUGGUGGUGUGUCUCCUCAUCGUCCUGGAGAACGCCGUGGUUCUCAUCGCCAUUUGGAGGAACAAGAAGUUCCACCUGCCCAUGUAUUACCUGCUGGGCAACCUGACUCUCUCUGAUCUGCUGGCAGGGAUUACAUAUAUGACCAACAUCAUCAUGUCCGGAGCCAAUACUUUGAAACUGACGCCAUUGCUGUGGUUCGUCAGGGAGGGAGGGGUCUUCAUCACUCUGGCUGCCUCUAUUAUUAGUCUGCUGGCCAUUGCAAUUGAACGCCAUGUUACUAUGGUGACCAUGAGGCCAUACCACGGGGCGAAGCGGGGACGGAUGUUGGCACUGAUUGGCGCAAGUUGGGCGCUGGCAGGGUUUUUGGGGGUCCUCCCGAUUUUGGGGUGGAACUGCAUCCGCAGACUGGACCAGUGUUCAACAGUCCUCCCGCUUUACGCCAAGAGCUACAUCCUGUGCUGCGUGUCUGUGUUCAGCGCGGUGCUCCUGGCCAUCGUGGUCCUCUACGCCAGAGUUUUCCGCAUUGUCCGCACCAACACACAGCGCCAGCGGCUGGGCCUGUCGGGCAGCGUGAGGAAGGGCCUGGCGAGGAAGUCGCAGAAGUACAUGGCCCUCCUCAGGACAGUCACUUAUGUGCUCGGCGUCUUCAUCGCCUGUUGGCUGCCCCUUUUUGUCCUCCUCCUCCUGGAUUUCUUCUGCCCCACCCGCAGCUGUCGCCUGCUCUACAAGGCCGAUUACUUCCUGGGAGUAGCUAUGGUCAACUCGCUCCUCAACCCCAUCAUCUAUACUCUGACCAGUAAGGACAUGAGGAGAGCCAUUCUGAGGCUGCUCUGUCGGCCGUGUCUGAUGACCCGAGAUGGCCAGGUGAAGAAGAUUGGGAUGCCAUUCCUGGAGUGCAGUUUUAGUAAAUCUGAGGUGGCAUCCCAGAAGUUAGAGGGGGGAAUGGAGACGACCAUUUCCUCCGGGAACGUUAUCACCACCCCAUCACCUAUCAAGGCCCUUUACCCCAAACUCUUCAAGUCAUAAAGACUGAAACUGACCCCAGAACAGACGACAUGUAGCACAUCUUCUAAAGGCGGGAGCAGGACUGGUAUUGUCACAUUCUGGAGCAUUGCCAGAAAAAGAGGGUGUAUGAAAUAUUAUAGAAGCACAAGAGAAUCUUGCUUGGACAAAUGACUCACGUCGACAAGUCAGAAGUGGUGCAGAAUUUCAUUGUGAGAUGAUUACAAAAAGAAAAUGCCAUAUGUGAACAAGCAAACACACUUUUAUUUUGAGUAGAUACUUGGGAUAAGUCCCCUUGACUAAUUUGCACUGAGAUAUCACAAUGAAUGGAGAAGCAGCCUCAGAUUAAAAUGUCAACCCGUGGUUCCACAGUUUGUGUCGAAGCUUGGAAGGAGACGUCCUUAAACUCAAAGUCAUCGUCACAUGUUCUGGGUUAAUGAUGAAUGUUCUUAUUGAAGUGCCUUAAAUGCAGCACCGACACGUGUCAUGUGUGUAAACCUGUGCAUCUGCAGACACCUGGAUUUUCGCUGGUUCGAAGGCCCACGGUUUGUCCGAUUUGUUGAGGUAGAAUUGUGCGAGGCACCCCUCCACAUUGUGAUGCAGGGAGACUGAGCGGUGACAGGAAAUAGAGAGACAGAGAGAGAGAGAGAGAGAGAGAGAGAGAGAGCUCUUAACUGUCCUUACAGCUCAGUGAAGAAUGCUGUGGCGUAGCUGUGGGAGGGAGGCAGAACAUUAAAAUCCCCCUCCACUGUUUUGAGAUGACAGGCGGUUAACCUAUCUGAUGCUAAGUAGAACUUCAUUGGGGUUUGGUGUCCGAUGUGUUUAAAUGUCAGUCUGGCAUCUGCAGGAAAACUGCAACAGCAAUCUAAACAACCAAAUGUCAUCACGCAAUGUAACGGAGGCUUUCUUUACCAUCAUGACAUGCUGAUGGUUUAACUGAAACCAAAUCAGCUGCAAAUGCAUUACGUGUAAAAAAAUAUUAAAAUAACUUCAACGAUUUCAACUUGCAAACAAAGUUGUGGAUGUAAUUAAUCAUCAUGCAGCUGCAGGACUUUUAAGGAUAAAUAUUGUGCCUGCACUUGUGAGCUCAAUUAUACGGAACCGGUGCAAUUAUUCCAAUACUUCCUUUCGCUAUCCAUCAUGUCAACAGAAUAUUUCCGGUUCUAGUUUAAGGUACGGAUUUUUCAUUAUUAUGAAAUUAGUUUGACAUCCUUAUUUUUUACACGGAUGUUGUUUUUGGUGCAGUCUUUCCGGAUCUUAAGGGAUGAAUGAGGCGGUGUGCUUUUUAUUUUUUUUGUACUGUAACUCAUGUAGUGAACCUUUUGUAUUUCUGAAGACUUUUCAUACUAUCUGUUUUGUAAAUUAUGUGUAUUUUGUAACAAGAAAAAAAAAA